AUCACGCAAGAACCCGGAAGUGGUUUGUUUGCUGUCAAUGCCAACCAAAGAGGGAAGGAGGUACUGAGAGCUAGAAACCCAUAUUUAAGACGAAAUGGCAGGACUGCCCCGCAGGAUUAUUAAGGAAACCCAGCGCUUGCUUGCAGAGCCUGUACCAGGCAUCAAGGCUGAGCCAGAUGAAGGCAAUGCGCGCUACUUUCAUGUAGUCAUUGCUGGACCUCAGGACUCACCGUUCGAGGGAGGCACCUUUAAGCUUGAACUGUUUUUACCUGAAGAAUACCCCAUGGCAGCUCCUAAAGUACGCUUCAUGACAAAAAUAUAUCAUCCCAAUGUGGAUAAGUUGGGAAGAAUAUGUCUGGACAUUUUGAAAGAUAAAUGGUCCCCAGCUCUGCAGAUUCGAACAGUGCUGCUAUCGAUCCAGGCUUUGCUAAGUGCACCCAAUCCUGAUGAUCCCCUAGCAAAUGAUGUUGCGGAGAAGUGGAAGUCCAAUGAAGCUGAAGCCAUAGAGACAGCAAAGACAUGGACCAGGCUUUAUGCUGGAAACAAAAAUGAAGUGUAAAGUAACCUCACUGGAGACAAAAGUGAAAGUCAAGUGAACACAAAUGUAUGUGCUGCCAAGACCCGCUCUGGCUCCAUUUGUAUUUAAAGGACACAGUCUUUUAUUUUUUAUAUAUAAAUAUGUCUGUGAAAACAACUGCUGAUAUUCUGUGAUCUCAAUGCACACUAGUGCUGAAUGACUCGUCUAUGUCUAACUCACUACUAUUCAAAUGCAUGGGCAGAGGAUUUAGAUCUACUCACCUGGCUUUCUUUGUCCGAACAUGGGAGCCUUAACAUUUCUUAGGGCGUUUGGCUGUGGUGGGGUUGAGAGGUUGGCUAGAUGUGGAAGAUGAUGUUCCUUUUUUUUAAUGUUUCUUUUAAUUUUAUUGUGUCGAUCUUUGUUUAAUAAAAGCAUCUAACUACAACUAAAAGCCCUCUGUAUACACUCGCGUAGAGGAAUUUAUCCUGUGUAGAUCUCUGUUUCAUUAGCUGCACUGUAAUGGAACUAAAAACUGAGCCUGCCACUGUCAUUUAAACGUCUCUGUGUUAACUUGGAUGUACUGUAAGCCUCUGGAUGGUGAGAAGUAGCGAUGGAGAGUAUGGACCUUUCCUUAUUUUUCAUACAUAGAGUUAUGACAGAUUUUUUUUUCUAUUAAAUUGUCCCACUCUGCCUCUACUCACUACUCUUGUGCUUUUUCUUCCAUUGUGGCUCUACGAGGCUCAGUUGUUUGCCUGCUCCCAUCCCAUAUUUAUUUCACAAAGGGGUGGUUCCAUUGAGCCAUGAGAUGUCCUGUGAUUUGAUGGGAGGAGAAGCUUCCUGGGUGGCAUUGAGAUGAUGUAUUGUCCAUGGAUCAAACUCCAAACAGAUCAGCGACGGCUCUGAGUCCAAACUGCUGUGAUCGGUCUCUGUUCAGUUCAAAGUGUAAAUUCUUUAUAACUCUGAAGAGGCAGUUUGCUGCUCAAAAUGCUACGAAAACGUUCACCUGCAUAGUUUUAUGUUCUGUAAAUAAACUGUUGAUU